AUGGAUGUACCUAGACAACUUCAGACAAUAUCAGGUGAUGAGCACCUGUCAACUUCUUAUACGCCGGGUUUCGAGUACCUUUCUCUGAACAGUUCCAGUCCUCUUACCUCAGCUUUGAACAACUCAGCAAUGAGAAAUAAUUACCAAUUUAAAAUAGAAAUGAUCAUUUUUCAGAAGGCGCGUGAUUAUUUAAGCCCGCCACUACGAUUCUGUAUCCAGACAAAAGAUCGCUUUGUUGUGCGUGUGGUCAAAGUCACCAUAAAGGAAUUGGUCAGCUGUGAAAACGUACAAUCUACCCAAUAUGACCACCUCAAAUCACUUUGGCAGGAUCCUAUAAAGAGACUGAAUUUGCAGAAGGUCUUGUUGGAGUCUCCGAAGGAAAAUAACUCCCUCUUUAUAGGAUUUCAAGCACAACUUCCUGCUGCGGUAAUGGAAUACAUCCAGAAAUCAACCUCUGCUGAUCAAGUUAACACUCGAACCGAUAAUCAGUCGUUUCAGCCGACAACAAUUGGUAAAGGAGUCCGACUCACAUUUAGCUGUCCCUUAAAUGGAAGUGGAUUAAAAAUCAAUGAUUUUUAUACUGGAAGCGUAUAUCAGAGGUUAGAGAGUUGGGAAAAGAAUUCGGGUAAAUCUGGCCUCCUGAACAAUGUCCUCAUCGGUCUCAAGAAAACCGUCGACAUGUUGCUUGAGCAAAUACAGAAAAACGGUUUUCUGGCAGUUAUGCCCGAAGCGGAUUACAUAUUUUACCCCUUCACACCUCAAGCACUAUCCUCGCAAACGUCCAUAGCUUCCACAGCAAACUCACCCACUAAUAUGGAGUCUAAACGAAUCGAUUCCCUUGUUCCAUGUAGUCCAAGUGGUAGUCUAGCACCACAACGGGUUCUCUCUGCAACAUCCAGUCCAAUCACAAUUCCACGAGCAAGAGCAAGGUCAACUAAUCCAACUUCUGUGAUGGCUCUGACGUACCAAGGAACUCAUCGACAACGGAACCCACUACUCGCGUCGCUUAUGAAUUUCUCAAGGCCUCUCUCUGCUUAUGGAAACUCCUUUGAUGGGAAUUCAGCCUCGAAUUUCUUAGAGAAGCAAAUAUCUCUUUCGGCUGGUGAAUCUGGCUCACCUGUUAGACAUAUGUCAGAAUGCAGUCCCUAUGGUAAGAAGUGA